AUGGGACGAAAUUGUGUUGGACCAAUCGUGUGUCAACACCACCUGAUGGGAGAGAGUGAGGCCGUGGAUAAGCAUUGUGAUUGGAUUAUCUUAUCCAAAAAUGGACGAAUCAAAUGGAGCUACACAGCAGCUUCCAGAACAGACCAAUCAAACGGAGCCAUUCAGAUGCUGAAUCAAGGAGUUUCAGGCCAAUCAGGCCAUGACACUCAACAGAUGAGGGAAGGAGCCAAUAGAAGAAGCCACUCAUUCCAUGAAGAUAGGAUCAAGGAGGAGAUGCUCAUCUUCAAUGGACCAAUCACGUUCAGCUACCCAGCAGCUUGA